CGAAAGGGCCGACUGGAGCCCCUGACACAGUAGUAGAUUUGGUCUACUAUCACCACCACUUCACCUCUCGACGCCGUAAACCAGAACCCGUUAAUGCCAGUGGUAAGAUCUGGCCCCAACCAAGCCAGCACCCCGCGCUUAGAUGUCGUGGACCCUUUGCACGGACCUUAGUUGGUCCAGGCCAGGGGUUCGAUUGGGCGCUUAUGGUACUCCGCACCCCACCAUCUACGAGCUGGCUGGUCUCGACGACCUUAAUUGAGGCUGAGCAGCUGUCAAAGAACCAUAGGUACAUAUAGGCGCUGACCGCCCUGGCCGGAACCCCUCCGCUUCUCUUGACUCUCUGUCUCCAGCUUCCACUAUUCGAGUCUUCGCAGCCUUCGCUGUAGCAUCUCCGGCGCUCCUCUUCAGCUUCAGCUAUGUCUGGCUACCAACAGAGUCCUCCUCCGGGAGGGAACUACUACCCUCCUCCUCCUGACCCCUCCCAAGGCCAGCAGCAAUACUAUGCGCCCCCACCCGGCGCAAACUACCCUCCACCGCCGACCGCAAGCCCACCUGCGCAGAGCUACCCUCCUCCGCCUCAGCAGCAGCAGCAACAGUAUCCCCCUCCGCCCGAUGUUCACCAGCAACAGCAGCAGCCUCCCCAGCCACAACACUAUCCACCCCCAGGCGGCGCACCCCCUCCUCAAGUGCCACAGCACCCGCAACACCAGCACCAGCAGUCGAUUGGGUCUCCGUAUGGCGCUCCCUCGCCUUCUCCACACCCGAGUCUGCAUCAGCAGCAACCGCCUCAGCAACCGCCUCCCCAGCAGCACUUCGUCCCUCAGCAGCAGCAACUGCAGCAGCAGGUUGCCAUUCCACCUCCUAUCCAGGCAGAUGAUGUAGGCACUUUCAACGGAGGGAGCUACAGAGUCAGUCACAGGGAUACGAAUAGUAUCUUGACGAUUCAGCUUGCCAUCGGGUGUCCUGUGACCGCGAAGCCCGGUGCCAUGAUCGCCAUGUCCCCCACCAUAACCCUAAAGGGACAAGUGAAAUUCUCCCUCAAAAAGGUAAUCACCGGCGGCGAGAUGACCAAGUCGACCUACACGGGUCCUGGCGAACUUCUCCUGGCCCCUUCUUCCAUCGGCGACAUCACCAUCAUCAAGCUCGGCGGACAGGAGCAGUGGAGUGUAGGCAAAGACGCGUUCCUGGCCUGUACGCAGGGAAUCGUGACCGAGUAUAAGAGCCAGGGGCUGGGCAAGGCGCUGUUCUCGGGAGAGGGGCUGUUCGUGUAUAAGAUCAGUGGACAGGGAAUCCUGUGGGUGACGAGCUUUGGCGCUAUCAUCAGAAAGGACCUGCAAAACAACGAAAAGUACAUCAUCGACAAUGGCCACCUCGUAGCCUGGAACUGCAAGUACGUCCUCGAGCGCGUCUCGAGCGGCGGAAUCAUCUCCAAUAUGGCGGCUGGAGAAGGCCUGGUGUGCAAGUUCACUGGUCCCGGCACCAUAUUCCUGCAGACGCGCAAUCCGCAGGCGUUUUCGGCGUGGUUGGCUGCGAAUGCGGCGAAUGGGGGCGCUAUGUGAGGUGGUCGGUUACUCCUGUGAGGAAGAGAAGAAGGGACCCUAUAUGAGUGUCCUGCAGUCCUUUGGGAAAUUGGUGUGUGCGUAUGAGCGAUGCCUUUCGAUUGUUCUUCCUGCCCUUGAAGCGUUGAUUGUUGGAUACCUUAUCUUACUGUGAGCGUUCUGUUCAGCUGGAAAUCGCAAUGAUUGCUUCGUUGUUUUCGGUGCUUGCAUUCCCCAUCAGGCGCUGCUUAAGCAUGUGAACUGAGUGAAAAGGGAGCUGCGUAGUUUGAAACAUGGAAUCGUACCCCAC